UCCUGUAGCGGCUCCUAGAGAAGACGUAGCAAAAUGGCUCCACGUAAGGGUAAGGAAAAGAAGGAAGAACAGGUUAUCAGCCUAGGGCCACAAGUGGCUGAAGGAGAAAAUGUGUUUGGAGUCUGUCACAUCUUCGCCUCCUUCAACGACACCUUCGUGCAUGUGACUGAUCUGUCUGGCAAAGAAACAAUCUGCCGUGUGACUGGUGGAAUGAGGGUCAAGGCUGACAGAGAUGAGUCCUCUCCCUAUGCCGCUAUGUUGGCUGCUCAAGAUGUCGCUCAGAGGUGCAAGGAGCUUGGCAUCACAGCUCUUCACAUCAAGCUGCGUGCCACUAUAGGAAACAAGACCAAGAACCCUGGCCCAGUCUGA